UAGCCUGAUUGGAUAUAUGUAAAGAGAAAAAUUAGUACCUCUGGAUCAUCAGAUUGCGCUUGAAGAAGACUAUAGGGAAGAAUCCAUUUUCUUCUUGCCACAAAAGUUGCAAUAGAAAAUCUGCGAAGGCUUGAAAGAGCCCAUGAGUCUUCUCAUCAUUGAGGCGUUCUAUGGAGGGUCCCAUAAACAGCUGGUGGAUCUGCUCCAAGAAGAGUUGGAAGACUGUGUCCUUUAUACCUUGCCUGCAAAGAAAUGGCAUUGGAGAGCACGGACGUCGGCUUUAUACUUCUCCCAGAAUGUUCCCAUCAGUGAGCAGUACAGGAUCCUCUUUGCAAGCUCAGUGUUGAACCUGACUGAACUGGUUGCCCUUCGGCCUGACCUUGGGAAAUUGAAAAAGAUUCUCUACUUCCAUGAGAACCAGUUGGUAUAUCCUGUUAAGAAAUAUCAGGAGAGGGAUUUCCAAUAUGGAUACAACCAAAUUCUCUCAUGCCUGGUGGCUGAUGUGGUGGUGUUCAACUCAGUUUUUAAUAUGGAGUCAUUUCUCACCUCUAUCGGAAAAUUUAUGAAACUGAUCCCUGAUCACAGACCCAAGGAUCUGGAAAGCAUCAUCAGGCCCAAGUGCCAAGUUCUUUACUUUCCCAUCAGGUUUCCUGAUGUGAGCAGAUUCAUGCCCAAGCACAAAACAGCCCAUUUACAGAAGAUCCUCAGCCUUAAAGGAAAUGGUGGUACUACUCCAUCUAUGGCCCUUCCUUUCCAACAGGAGCAGAAAAGUUCUGAGAUUUUAUUGAAGAAUUCAGAUUCAGAGUCCGGACCUGGCAAUGUGGCGCCACAAGAAAACCUGGGUAGCUCAUUAACACAAGAGUCAGACUGGAGAAUGUGCAACCUGUCAGAUAAUUCAAGUUCUCACCGUCAGGAAAAUGCACAAAAUGUGACUUUUGAUCCCCGUGACAUUUUGGGAGGAACUGAUGAUCCACAAAGACCAUUGCACAUUGUGUGGCCUCACAGGUGGGAACAUGAUAAAGAUCCAGAGAGUUUUUUUAAGGUACUGAUGCACCUUAAGGGUUUAGGACUCAAUUUCCACGUGUCUGUCCUUGGAGAAACCUUCACAGAUGUCCCAGAUGUAUUUUCAGAGUCCAGAAAGGCAUUGGGAUCGUCUGUCAUACACUGGGGCUACUUACCCAGCAAAGAUGACUAUUUCCAAGUACUGUGCAUGGCCGAUGUUGUCAUCUCAACAGCUAAGCAUGAGUUCUUUGGAGUGGCGAUGUUGGAAGCUGUGUAUUGUGGCUGUUACCCACUCUGUCCCAAAGAUUUGGUUUAUCCCGAAAUAUUUCCAGCUGAAUAUCUGUAUUCUACACCUGAACAGCUUUCAAAAAGGCUCCAGAAUUUCUGCAAGAGACCAGAUAUUGUAAGAAAACAUCUUUAUAAGGGUGAAAUGACUCCUUUUUCUUGGGCAGCCCUACAUGGUAAAUUCAGGUCUCUGCUUACAACAGAACCUAGGGAAGAUUUGUGACAGAUGGGGCUAAGUCACAAACUUGCAGCCUAAGGCAGAAUCUGUAGAACUUUCCAGAGUGUGCCCAUAUUUACCUGAUCAGAGAGAAAAGAAAAUCUGCAGAGGAAGCUGAGCCUGGCUGCUUGUCAUAGCUGACACAGAGCCAUCUGCCACAAACCUGUGGCGGCUUCAGAUCUCCCAUCCCUGCCACCACCCCAACUCAAAUUAAAUACAGAUUCCUAGAGACGUUAUGAUGGUUACACAUGUCCUCGGCAUCACAUGGAGGAGACUGUUCAAAAAAAAAUAUGUGGCCUGUUGUAUAACCGCACUCAUGUAUCCCAUAUGUGGUGCCACAUUGAAUUUCCGGUUGAAUCCGUUUUUAUCCUUUGUACUGGAUGACAUGGUGCCUGAAUUCUUUCUUUUUGCCGACACGAUGGCAGCCAAACUGCAGCUUCAAAAGCUCGCGCUUGGCUCUGUUUCUACCUAGGUUGCCAGGUUAUCAUCGGAGCCUUCUUGUGUCCUCAAAGGGCCACAGGGUCUGAACAGGGGAUCAGGAUGCUACCAGACUAAUUGGGCAGCCAUCUCAGAACUGUCUGUGGGCAAAGGGCUGCUUUAGCACUUUUAUUUUAGCAAAUUAAUGACUCUCUGGCACAGGGGUUUUUAAGUGAAGGUAUUAAUAAGGGGUCUGGCAGGUAUUCCCAUGAUUCACAGAGUUACGUUUGCAUUUAAUUUAUUUUAAAGUUGCGAGAUAAACAGCUGUAAUUUAGACAAACAUGGGAAAUACACUAAGUGGGGCCAUCUUGCCCAUAAAAUGAACACUGAGAUACUUGUUUUAAUUUUUUUUUCCUGGGGUAAAAAAAGAGAAAUCAAAAUACUUCUACUAAAACAGUCAUUUUGGUAGAAAUAUUCCUCAAAAAUAUUUGCAUCCAGCUACAAAUAAAAUCUUUUCAAGAUAAAUCGCUUAUGAUUCCAAUAGUCAAGCUGCUGUAUUUGUUGAUAUAAAGAUGUUUUGAACGGCUAGAUUGUAAAAUAAAUUUUUAAUAAAGUGCCUACUGCAAUUUUUAAUUAGCA